UCAACCUCUGAGUUGCCUUUAUCUCUCCUGUUUGCCGCUUUGUCCCUCUUUCCGCCUUCCCCCAGGGGUGCAUUUUCUGGUCCUAGCAGGAUUUGAACUGAGCAUGUUUUCUACCAGGGUUGCACUUGGCAGUUGGCACUUGGAGAUCCAGAUCCAAAGCCCACCCUCUGGCCUUCGCCCCGGAAAGGGGGCGGGUGGGGAGCGCGGACCUUAUCUCCCGGGCUCCGCCUCCAGGGGGCUGAGAGCGAGUUUCAGAGCCGCGGCGCUCUGCACUGGCCGCUGCAGGAGACGGGGACUCCGGGCGGAGGGCGGCAAACCCGCUUUAGCCCGGUUUUCGUCCAGGUUGGGGCUGGUCACCGCCUGCGACGCCCCCAUAGCCCUGGUGGAGCACGCAGCUGGCUGCGACGGCAACCUCCACCCUGGACGUCGCCCCAGGAAUCCUAAAACCAAACUAUUAAAACGAAAACAGAAACAUGGCUCACCAUAUUACAUUUCUUUGUAUAGUUCCCGUCCUGCUUCUUCAGACUUCUGUGUUUGCUGAAGACGGAGAAAUAAGAUCAAGUUGUCGUACAGCUCCGACAGAUUUAGUUUUCAUCUUAGAUGGUUCUUACAGUGUUGGCCCAGAAAACUUUGAAAUAGUGAAAAAGUGGCUUGUCAAUAUCACAAAAAACUUUGACAUAGGACCGAAGUUUAUUCAGGUUGGAGUGGUCCAGUAUAGUGACUACCCUGUACUGGAGAUUCCCCUUGGAAGCCAUGAUUCAGGAGAUAAUUUGAUAGCAGCAAUGGAAUCCAUACACUACUUGGGAGGAAACACGAGGACUGGAAAGGCCAUCCAGUUUGCAAUCGAUUACCUUUUUGCCAAGUCCUCACGAUUUCUGACUAAGAUAGCAGUAGUACUUACGGAUGGUAAAUCCCAAGAUGAAGUCAAAGAUGCAGCAGAGGCAGCAAGAGACAGUAAAAUAACAUUAUUUGCCAUCGGUGUUGGUUCAGAAACAGAAGAUGCAGAACUUAGAGCUAUUGCCAAUAAGCCUUCAUCUACUUACGUGUUUUAUGUGGAGGAUUAUAUUGCAAUAUCCAAAAUAAGAGAGGUGAUGAUGCAGAAACUUUGUGAAGAAUCUGUCUGUCCUACACGAAUUCCAGUGGCAGCUCGAGAUGAGAAGGGGUUUGAUAUUCUUUUAGGGUUGGGUGUAAAGAAUAAGGUUAAGAAAAGAAUCCAGCUUUCACCAGCAAAGAUUAAAGGAUAUGAAGUAACAGCAAAAGUUGAUUUAUCAGAAUUCACAAGCAAUGUUUUCCCAGAAGGUCUUCCUCCAUCAUAUGUAUUUGUCUCCACUCAGAGAUUUAAGGUCAAGAAAAUGUGGGAUUUAUGGAGAAUUUUAACCAUUGAUGGAAGGCCACAAAUAGCAGUUACCUUAAAUAGUGUGGAUAAAACAUUGCUCUUUACAACUACGAGCGUGAUUAAUGGCUCACAAGUGGUCACCUUUGCUGACCCUCAAGUUAAGACAUUAUUUGAUGAAGGCUGGCAUCAGAUUCGUCUCUUAGUAACAGAACAAGAUGUAUCUCUGUAUAUUGAUGAUCAACAAAUUGAAAGCAAGCCCCUGCAUCCAGUUUUAGGGAUCUUCAUCAAUGGGCAAACCCAAAUUGGAAAAUACUCGGGGAAAGGAGAAACUGUUCAGUUUGAUGUCCAAAAGUUGCGAAUCUACUGUGAUCCAGAGCAGAACAACCGGGAGACAGCAUGUGAGAUUCCUGGAUUUAAUGGUGAGUGCCUCAAUGGUCCCAGUGAUGUAGGUUCAACUCCAGCUCCCUGUAUUUGUCCUCCGGGAAAACCAGGACUACAAGGCCCCAAAGGUGACUCUGGACAGCCUGGAAACCCCGGCUAUCCUGGACAGCCUGGUCAAGAUGGUAAGCCUGGAUAUCAGGGAAUUGCAGGAUCACCAGGUGUUCCAGGAUCCCCAGGAAUACAAGGAGGACGAGGACUACCAGGUUAUAAAGGAGAACCAGGGAGAGAUGGCGAAAAGGGAGAAGCAGGACCUCCGGGUGCUCCAGGCCAGGAUGGAUCACAGGGAGAGCCUGGAAUCCCAGGAUUUCCUGGAAACCAAGGCUUAAUGGGACAAAAGGGAGAAAUUGGGCCUCCAGGACCACUAGGAAAAAAAGGAGCUCCGGGGAUACCAGGUUUGAUGGGAAGCAUUGGCUCACCAGGUCAGCCUGGAACACCAGGAUCGAAGGGAAAUAAAGGUGAACCUGGACUUCAUGGGAUGCAUGGGGCUUCUGGGCUCAAGGGAGAACAAGGAGCAGUGGGUCCCCCGGGAGAGCCAGGCUACCUGGGCUUACCUGGAAUUCAAGGAAAAAAGGGGGACAAAGGAAAUCAAGGUGAAAAAGGCAUUCAGGGUCAAAAGGGAGAACAUGGAAGACAAGGGAUUCCAGGGCAACAGGGAGCUCAAGGUCAUCAUGGUGCAAAAGGAGAGAAAGGUGAAAAGGGAGAACCUGGUCUCAGAGGUGCCGUUGGACCAAAAGGAGAAUCUGGGAUGGAUGGCCGGAUGGGGCCUGUGGGUCCCCAGGGGCAACGUGGGGAAACAGGUCCUCAGGGACCUCCAGGAUUAGAUGGGAAGCCUGGGAGAGAAUUUUCAGAACAGUUUAUUCGACAAGUUUGCACUGAUGUAUUAAGAGCCCAGCUACCGGUCUUACUUCAGAGUGGAAGAAUUCAAAAUUGUGAUCAUUGCCAGGCGCAACAUGGUACCCCUGGUAAUCCUGGGCCACCUGGUCCUAUAGGCCCAGAAGGUCCCCGAGGAUUUCCUGGUUUGCCAGGGAGAGAUGGUGUUCCUGGAUUAAUGGGUGCUCCUGGACGCCCAGGUGCCCGAGGAUUAAAAGGCCUACCAGGAAGAACUGGGGCAAAGGGGAGCCAAGGGUUUGGGUACCCUGGAGAGCAAGGUCCCCCUGGUCCACCAGGUCCAGAGGGCCCUCCUGGGAUAAGCAAAGAAGGUCCUCAAGGUGACCCAGGUCUCCCUGGCAAAGAUGGAGAUCAUGGAAAACCUGGCAUCCAGGGGCAACAAGGCCCCCCUGGCAUCUGUGAUCCAUCACUAUGUUUUAGUGUAAUUGUCGGAAGAGAUCCAUUUAGAAAAGGACCAAACUAUUAGUGUCUGAUGCCUCAUUCAGCAACCUAGGCAUGGUGCUUUUCUUUUGUGGUCUUUUGCAUCUCAGGAAGAUAACCAACAGUAAUCCCUUGAAAAGAAACUCAAGUACCUCGGUGUUUUUGUUAUUACUGUUUUCCUUAAAGGAAAAAUAUAUGAAAGCUCACAUACUGAUUUUAGAGUCUCCUCAGUAAUUGGGAGCCUUUCAAUUAGUAGCGUUAACUAAAUCUCCAGGGUUUCUUGUAAGUCCAUUGGUUUUAAUCAAAGUUGAGCAUGAAAAACCCCAUUUCCUGUUAGUCCAUUUUAGUCACUGUGAAAUAUUUCACAUUCCACCUCCAUGUAGCUGAGUAUUUGACUUCAAUCUCAUGUCUGUGUAAAUUUCAUGUUUCAUAUCUCAUGACUCACGCUUCUACAUUAGCCAAAACAUGUAUCUGGUAAUUGGAAAUAAGAUCAGGGCUGACAUUCAGCUGGACAGACCUCAUUGCUAUCCCAAUCAUUUACUCCAGUGUCUGUGCCUAUUGGAUGGAGCGAUGGACUGCUGGGCAUUCAAUGUUUUGAGUAUUACCUCUGAAUAAGACUAGUGUGCUACUUAUUUCAUGUGCAAAUUAUCAAAUUUGAUGAAUGGCUAAGCUAAAAAGUAUUGAUGACACAGGGAAUGGCCAAAAUUAUGUAAUAUUGAAACAUUUUAGAAAAAACAUUUCAUUGUCCUUGUUCAGUGUGUUCAAAGAAAACAGAAGUUCAGAAAUACUAAAAAGACUUUCUUCUUCAUACUUGCUGAGUAAUUGGAAUGUCUGUUGUAUGCCUUCAUUUUCCAUUUCACUUAUUACUUGUGUAUGUUCAUAUAUGUUAACUUUCAUUGUAACAAAGCUAAUGGGAAUAAAUGCUGUAGUUGAAUGGAAACUCCUCGGUUCCUACUAUGUCUUGAUAUUUUUAGUAGACUUUAAAUUACUAUAAACAGUCUUUUAUACUGUACUUAAUGCUUUUGUAAGAAAUAUAAUUUGAGAUAUUUCAUUCAUAUCAUUCUCUAAAUUUUGUACUUGCCUGUUAUUCAAAGUACAAUAAAGUUUUGUACA